UCUUUUCAUUCAGUCACUUAGGCUUGCUCAGAUUUAUUUCUAUAGCUCAAUCUCGUAUCGUAAAUAAAUUAUAAUGAAAUGAAAGUAUUUUUGUGUGGUGGGAAAUGCAGGCAAAAGACGAUUUGUUGUUUUAAUUAAGUUUUGUAUUUAUUGAUCUAUAUCAUGUUUUUUUAUUUAGACAUAUAUUUAAUACAUUAUUAGUGUUUUCCUGUUUGUGUCUGAACUUAUUCAUAAAAAAUGGAUAAUGCUACGAUGCCCCUACAUUUGGAGCCUAUUCAUCAAAGUGAGGUGUGUGAGAAGAGACUGUGGAUUGGUAAUCUGGACACUCGCGUUAAUGAGUAUCAAUUACUGAAAAUGGUUCGUGUAUAUGGAAACAUCGAGAAGUUUGACAUGCUAUUCCACCGGAGCGGGCCCAACAUUGGGCAGCCACGGGGCUUUGCAUUUGUUACGUACAAGCUGAGGCAAGAUGCUAUAAGUGCCAUGAAUUCACUCAACGGUCAGCUCCUUGGAUCAAAGAGGAUCUGUGUCAAGUUUGCUAAAAACACUGAGGACCAAGAAAAGCCAAAACCUGAGUUGGGAAUUGCUGCACUGGCGGGUGCCAAGCCAGAGAUGAAACUUAGCAGAAAAACUGCCAUCCAAUCCAUAGAGGCUAAACUGAAAAUGAUGGAAAGCAUGAAACCAGGGGACGACUUUGUGAUCAACAAGUUGGCAGCAAACGAAACACCAAUCAUAGCACAGUAUCAAACAAAGCAACAUCAGCCACCAAACAAGUCUGUGUCCUCCUUUAGAAGAAGACAUCCUUACCAUAAGAAAAGAUAAAAAUAUUUGUAAGAAUCUUCUUUGAGUUCACUUCUGGGUACAAUCAGUAAGGGUUAAGUCCAUAUUUGGCAGAAUGAGAAUUUUAUGUUUAAAUAGUAGCAAAAUGUAUAGAGGAAUAUGAAAGAAAGCAUACAUAUUAUAUUAUAUAGACUGACUAUAUCAAAUUAACUUUGGUUGAAAUUUCCAGAAGUUUUCUAUUUGUUUCUGUAUGAAGAAAAUAUUUUUUACAAGUUCUAUAUAAGAUAUAAACAAUGAUCAUAACAUUAUAAUAUAUAUUACCUCUAUCUUACUAAAAAUGGAAUGAAAGUCUUGUUUUACUCUCUUUGAUGAAACUGUAGGUAGUGUAGUAGUCAGAUGUGUGAACAAACCCUUUCUCUGUUGUAUUAAUAGGCACCCAAUCUCAGUAUUUUUAAAUUAGCGUUUAAGAGUGUUGUGUAAUUUAUACCAUGUGUUCAUUGUGAUUGUUGUCGUGAAAAUGUGAAUUUGUGACGUAUACAACUAAUACUUAACUGGCAUAUAUUA